GAGUACGUCGGCGGCCUCCUGGGCGCGGCGCAGGAGCUCGUGCGCUACGCGACGCGGCGCGCGACCGUCGGCGACGCCGCGUCCGUGGCGAUCUGCCGCGACGGCGUCGCGGAGCUCAACGGCGCGCUCCUCGACUUCGACUUCCGCAACGGCCCGCUCCGGCGCAAGUACGACGGCCUGAAGUACGCGCUGCGGCGCCUCGAGGACGUGCUCUACGAGCAGUCGCUCGCGGGGAAGGCGUCCGAG